CCACUCUUGAUUCUGACUUCCCAUAAACAUGCCCUCCAAGUCACCAGCACAGGCCGCUCUCGAGAAGGCCGACAAGAAGGCUAACUCGUCUUCAGGAUGGUUUUCCUCCUCAUCGUCGAAGUAUGAAGAGGCUGGUGAUCUCUACCAGCAAGCUGCCAACCUCUUCAAGAUGGAGAAGCUCUUCAGGGAAGCGGGCGACGCGCACGCAAGAGAAGCGGAGUGCCGCGAGAAAUGCCAGGAGUCUAACGAAGCGGCGCAAGCGUGGUGGAAUGCGGCAAAGGCUUAUAAGCGUGGUCACCCAGACUUAGCCAUCCAGGCUCUGUCGCAGACGAUUACCCAUCUCACAAAGGCUGGACGCUUCCGUCAAGCAGCCGAUCGCGAGAAGGAGAUUGGUCAGAUAUACUUGCAGGAGCUGAAUGAUCUCCGCAAGGCAUGCGAGAGCUAUGAGCGAGCCGGAGAGUGGUAUGCUCAGGAGGAUGCUCAAGCCACCGCCAAUGCUUGCUUCAAGGAUGCAGCGGACCUUCACGCAGACCUCGAGGAGUACCCUCAGGCGAUCGCACGAUAUGAACAAGUGGCUGAUGGCUCAUUAAGCUCUGCCCUGACGAAGUACAGCGUCAAAGAAUAUUGGCUCAGAGCGUGUCUAUGUGCACUUGCGAUGGGUGACCCUAUCACUGCCAAGCGGAAUCUGAGCAAGUAUUCGUCUCUUGACACAACAUUUUCCUCUACGCGCGAAGCGAAGUUCAUUAACAUUAUCACGGACGCUAUAGAGGCAGGAGACAUGGAAACGCUCACCGCUGCUGUUUAUGAGUACGACCAAGUCAUGAAGCUCGAUAAUUGGAAGACGAAUAUCCUCCUGAAGAUUAAGAAGGGUAUCCAGGAGGAGCCUACUAUCAUAUAGAAUAUUGCUUCUCUAUCUCAAUAGUUCAUACCAUCUUAUUUGUACCUCACCUUAUACUAGUGACGUGGAACAU